CGAACUGUGUGAUAUGUACUCAUAGGAUAUUUAACGUGUGUACAGUAGUAGGGACUCUGUAGACUAGACCUAAGUUUAAUCUGUGUUGAGCCUGGGACCAAGUGUUGGAUCAUUGAUUUUCUCAUGUGGCGUGCCUCCAUUCACUCGUGAUAGCAGAAGUGGAGGAUAUAGGAGACAGCCAUGACUCAUGACCAAAAGACCAAUGGGGGCAAGGGUCAGAAUGACAAGGCUCAGUUUUCAAUGCAGAUGUCCAACUAUGCGGAGGACUCGGGGACACCAUACGAUCCCCACGAGCACAGGAACCAAGAAAACCCGACAACAGAUCGUGAGACGCUGAUCCACUUGCUCAAGGGAUGUCUGGGUACAGGUAUCCUCGCCAUGCCCAACGCCUUCGGAAAUGCAGGGUUGGCGCUCGGAACUGUAGCAACAUUCAUUAUUGGCUUCCUCUGCACAUACUGCCUUCAUGUUCUUGUUACCAAUCAGUACCAGAUGUGCAAGAGAUUACGAGUUCCGAUCCUCAGCUAUCCGGAGUCAAUGAAGGUCGCUUUACAGCACGGACCCUCUAUGUUCAGACCCUUCGCUAAUAUCUCUGCACCAAUUGUUGACUUUUUCUUGAUCCUGUACCAACUUGGAAUCUGCUGUGUUUAUAUCAUGUUUGUUGCUGAGAACAUCAAAGAAGUGGCAGACCAAUACUGGACGCCAAUUGGUGUCAGGACGCACAUGCUGAUUCUGCUGAUUCCGCUCAUCCUGAUCUGUUACAUCCGCAACCUCAAGCUGCUGGCUCCCUUCUCCCAGCUGGCCAAUGUCAUCACAUUCAUCGGUAUCGGCAUCAUCCUCUACUACAUCUUCGACCAACUGCCUCCCGUCAGCAGCGCCAAACUUGUCGGGUCCGGGCAGAGCUUUGUGUUGUACAUCGGAACUACUUUGUUCGCUUUGGAGGCCGUGGGAGUUGUGAUAGCUCUGGAAAAUAACAUGAAGACUCCAAAAUCAUUCGGAGGCUACACUGGUAUCCUGAACCAAGGUAUGGCCGCUGUUACUGUCAUGUACGUUGGUGUUGGAUUCUUUGGGUUCAUCAAGUACGGCAGCGGAGCUCGGGGAAGCGUUACCCUCAACCUGCCACAAGGUGAAAUCCUAGCCCAGGCAGUAAAGAUUGCGUUCGCCAUUGCCAUCUUCAUCUCCUACGCUCUGCAAGCCUACGUUCCCAUCGAGAUUCUGUGGAACACGUACCUCAAGUCUCACUUGGAGCACAGCAGCAAGAAACUGUUCAUUGAAUACGUCAUGAGAACUGUCAUUGUCAUUUUGACUUUCCUGCUAGCCGCAGCCAUUCCUCUUCUAGACCUGUUCAUCUCCCUGUUCGGAGCUCUCUGUCUCUCCGCCCUCGGCAUCGCCUUCCCCGCGAUCAUAGAGGCGUGUGUCGCACACUCCAACAACACCCUCAACUUCGGCCUUGCCCUCAAGGAUAUCUUUCUCGUCAUCAUCGGCAUCCUCGGAUUGGUCAUCGGAACAUACUGCAGCAUGAUCGAGAUCGUCAAAGAACUCGGGAAAGAGUCGCCCGCACCCGUUGCGUUAAACGCAACAAUGAUCCCAACUUUGUAAUUGGAGAUCAGCAGUGUUUUAACUGUGAUUAACUUUACAAAGAUUUUCACGCUCAAAUCAUCGGGUUGGUGAAGAUGGAAAAAUGGAAAGGCGAUAGUGAGAGACAUUGAAAUCCUGGUGGAUUAUUGUAUACCAAAGCUAAGUAGCUUUAACGCUUACAAUGAGGGACAAGAUAUUAUACUGUAAGUACAAAAGGUUACCAUUUAUAACACCAGUCCAAUUGUAAAAUUUGAUGAAAUCACUUCACCCUUAGAAGUUCCUGUUGAAACUUAAGUCAAAACUAAACCAAUAUCAUUUGACUUUUUGAUGUUAGUAGAAAGUUGUGACUAAAAGUUAGCCAAAACUGGAGAUAGCAAAAGGAACGUCAUAAAACCAAGUCCUUAAAAUCAUCUUGACUUUUGAUGUAAUAAUAUUCUUAAUUAAGUUGUAGUUGGCUUAAACUAUUUUAUUGAACCAAGGCUAGUCGAUUCUUACAUUUAGUUUUCUCAUCCAAUAUAAAAUGCGGGCCCAGAAGUAAAAUUUGGUGAGAGGCCACUAUCCAUGACUUUGUCUUAUGGUAUACUCAUUUUCUGUUUUACAGGGGUGAUUUUUUACUAGAAAUUUGUAUACUAUUUAAUUUUAUAUUUCAUGCUUUAAAAUUUGGUUAACAUAUUAAAGGUGGAAUUGUUUUCUAUCUUUGAAAGCAAUUUGUUAAGUGAUCUUGUCAAGUUAAUAAUCCUGAUUCUAAAGAUACAGAAUAGAUAUUUUCUGUAAACUUUUUACGGAUUAAAGCCAAAGAAUACAGUUUUUCCUCACAAUAGAAAGGUAAGAAUUUCAUUGUAAUUAAGUGUUCAAAACCAACAAAAUGUCUUGAAAUUGUUGAGCAAUUUGUAGAAGUCAAUGUUGUUAGCGAACAGUGUGUUCACCAUAUGCGUUCAAUCAGCGAUAUUGAUCAGGUAUGUCACACAGCACAGCAAAAAUGCCUUUAGACUUUCGCUUAUUUCUAAGUAUGAUCAAGUAGACAAAGAUAGACUGUGAUACAAAAUUUGAUUUGCUAAAAAAAUACCAUAGUAAGCUAAGAUGUGAGUUUUGGGUUAUUCAAAGUAUUUUAAGAGAACAAAUCUAUUACCGGUAGUGCAUAAGAUUAUACUUGCUAAUUAGUAGCAUUUUGAAAGGUUUAGGAUUUUAAAAGUCACCUGUUUUGAUGAUUAACUGACCUUUUUUUCAAACAUGAAAAAUUUUAAUUUUUAAUAUUGUACAUUAAAUAUUUUAGUUUUAUCAGGUUGCAUAGUGUAGAAAUAGAAGUAUAGGUAUUAAUGUUUUACUAUUGUUUAUUGUAAGCUGUACAAAUCAGGUAUAUAUUUUGAAAUAUUACUAAUAAAUAAUGUAGACUGUAUAGUUUUAAAAUUAAUAUUUUUACUAUUGAUAAUCAGAAAAAUGAAUACUAAAUUAUAACAAAGUUGAACGAUGGAAAAUUUUACAAAUGUUAUCAAGUUACAAAUUUUAUUUUUGUGACUAAUUUUGUAAAAGAUCGACCCUAUGUCAUCGAUGGGUUAUGUCAAAAGACUGUGAUUAUAUAUAUUUAAUAGGGUUUAAAAUCAACAUAAAAAGCAAUUAAACACUCAUUUAAGUGAUCAGUGUUUUGCUAAGCCUGAUCCAAUCUUAAAAUUAAGUGCCAAAGAAUAUUGCAAAAAAAAUUAUUUACCAAACAUAUUAAAAAAAAAGUAAUACAAAACUAUACUUUAUAGUUAAUUUUUUUAUAAAUGCUGUAAAGUGCUCACAAUUCAAAAAUUCUCUUUUGGCCUUAUCAUACUGGAAGAUUCUUAUAAAUCAUUAUUUCACUGUAAACUUUUUGUAAACCUUUCAAUUGUUAUUCAUAAAAAUAAAACUGUAUUAUUUAUAGUACAGAAAUGUUUAAACUUUGAUUUACACAGUUUUUUAUUGUUGCUGCUUUAAUUUAUUUUGUAUAAAGUGUAGUUUUCUAUGUUAUUGUACUUAUGAAUUAAACAUAAAAUGCUA